AUGACCAACCAAAGAAAUCUGGUGAUCCUUUUUGGGUCGGAAACUGGUAACUCUGCGGACCUUGCACACGUCCUUGCGAGGAAGUGCCGGUACCAGCAGUUCAAUGUGACGGUCACGCCCAUGAACCGUUUCGAAGUGAAAAAUCUUCUGGAAACUUCGAUUUUGGUGGUAAUCUGUUCCACAAUGGGCCAGGGUGAUAUUCCUAGAAAUGCUACCAAGUUUUGGAAGUUUAUGCUCCAGAAGAAACUGCCUUCUAAUCUGCUGAAUCAUGUGCGAUUCACCACCUUUGGUCUUGGUGAUUCCUCGUACCCGAAAUACAACCAUGCAAUCCGCAAAAUACACAACAGGUUUCUCCAGCUAGGUGCAAUUGAAAUGAGCCCUCGUGGUGAAAGUGAUGAGCAAAGCCCGCUCGGGUCCGAAGUGUUUUACAUAGAAUGGGAGAAAGUUUUCUUCGAGAAUCUGGGCAAGAUAUGUGUGUUGUUUGAUGAUGUCAAUUCGGAUACGCUAUUGCCUCCAGAGAAUACAUUUGUUGUACUUGGCGAAAAAGCUGCGACUGAAGACUCGAAGCUGGUUGCACUGAAUAGAGCUGGAGACACCACCAGAAAAGGUACAAUUGUCUUUAACAAACGAAUCACAGCGGAGACCCAUUACCAAGAUGUCAGGCAGCUUGUGAUAGAAGACGAUAGUGGCUCCCUGGCCUAUUCUCCUGGUGAUACUGUUGCUUUAUAUCCUACCAAUGACUCGGAAGAUGUGGAUCAAUUGCUCAGAUAUUUGAAAUGGGAUCACAUAGCGGACAAUUUGAUCCAAUUGAAUGGGGAACUGGGUGUCGAUGGAGAGGUGGUGAUGCCACUCACGUUGAGAUCGCUGUUCACACAUCAUCUAGACAUCAAUGCCAUACCCAGAAGGUCUUUUUUUCAGAUUUUGUACCACUUUUCUGACAAUGAGAGACACCGGGAAAAGCUGAAAGAGUUCUCGUUGGUUGAGGAAAGUGAGAGUUUGUAUGAUUAUGCAAACCGUCCUAGAAGGUCCAUAAUGGAGGUCAUUCAGGAAUUUGAAAGUCUGCAUAUCCCAUUGGAGCACUGUCUGGACCUUUUUCCGCUCAUUCAUCCACGGUUAUUUUCCAUUUCCUCUGGGCCAGACUCCAGACGUGUUGAGCUGACCAUUGCGAUAGUCGAGUACAAGACCAUCAUCAGAAAGGUCAGAAAGGGUCUCUGUACACGUUGGAUCAAGACUUUGCAGAAAGGUGACCAGAUUGUGUUUGAAGUUCACAGAAAUAAUCUCAAAUUGGACUCGCAAACUCCCAUUAUCAUGGUUGGUCCAGGAACAGGUAUAGCACCUAUGAAGUCACUCAUAGAGUACGAGCUCGGGAAGGAUAUUCCGAGGGACAUGUAUCUUUUCACAGGUCACCGAUAUAGAUCUCAGGAUUUUCUCUAUGGAUCCCAGUGGGAAAACAGAAAACUCCAACUCUUCACUUCUUUUUCAAGAGAAAGUGGAGGCUAUGUGCAGGAAAGACUGUAUGAGCAUAAAGAGCUUGUCAAUGAUUUGUUAAUCAACCAAAAGGCCUACUUUUAUCUCUGUGGGUCUUCUGGAAAGAUGCCAAUACAGAUACGCAUUACUAUUGAGACCAUUCUACAAGAGUGCAAUGAUUGGUCGGAAGAUAAAGCUAAGCAAUAUCUUCAGCAGAUCGAAAGCGAGCAUAGGUACUUUCAGGAAACUUGGUGA